AUGGCAAUUAUCAAGAUUGCUUUGCUGAUCAUGCACUGCGGGUUGCAGUUAGUGUGGUCUCAAACAGUUAUACCAGAGCGGCUCAAAGAAUGUUACAGAGGCAACGCUACGUUAAAUCCUCAGCUUCCGUUGAAUUUACGUGUAGUGAUAGAUAUCAUACAGAAAUUAGAAAAACAUUCGUACACAACAAUGGAUAUGAGAGUGCUGUCAUCGUCAUUGCUCCACAGAUUCAAGCUCGAUGGGAUUGAAUAUCAGAAGAAUAUACAAAUCACAGACGGUAUACUUCCGUUCAGUGCGACUGGACUGCAACGUGUUAAACAAAAAUUGCUGGAGGAACUCAUUCCAGGCGAUGCCGAACUAUUACCAGUUCAUAUACUAUCAUCCUUGGAACGUUGUAUACUUCAUCAAACGAUCUCCAAUACAAUUCUGCGGUACGAUACCCAAAGCGGAAAUAAAUCUUGCAACGAAGCUACUGAAACGGAAAAACUAUCAGGCAAAUUUGUGCUUACUGACACGAGGAAUUGUCCAAGACAGCAAGGAAUAAUUUUAACACCGUACGGUACCGUCACUCCUGGAGCAAUUAUCGGAGCUGUUGCUGCAACCCUGCAACAUCAAAAUGUUCCAGUAAAUCAAUUAAUUGCUAGCUUAGAAACACCUUCUUUAGGUAUCAAUUCAACACAGAUGCUACAGCAAUAUCAUACCAGAUAACAAUGUUUCCCUUUUAUUGCAGAGAUGAAUUUCACUACAAUACAGAACCUAAAGUACAAUGAGGACGAAGUCGACUUCGUCCUACCGAAAAGUCAAAUGGUACAUGAACCGUCUAUGUGGUAUCAUAGUUUAAUGACUUCCUCUGUGAAACUAGAUAACGUAUGGUUGGCUACAAUUGCGGGUGAUUUGGCGGAAAUGGCUGUGUACCAGGGACCUUUUGUGGGUUCUAAUAUGACCCUAGGCGCGACAGGAUUUUGGAAUAAUACAAUGCGGCCGGCUAUUUAUUAUCUCACCAGUUCACAUACAAACUUUGAUGCGACUCGAGCUGAACUAUUAGGAGGCAUCGAUGGUUUGAUUAUUGCAAGUAAUUUACAAACGUGGAUUCAAGACUUCUACAGUCUUCGACUCAGUCAAAUUUUGGACAUGUAUUAUUCAUACGAUGGUAUUCCAUUCAACACAAACAUCAGAGCAUGCAGUCGAGCACAGAACUUCCUGCAUGCUGUAUCGAGUACCAUUCUAAAUGAACAGACCUAUGCAGCUGCUCAAAUUUUAGCCUACCAAAAGAGUGUAGCAUACAUGUCCCCUGAAGCACUGCAACGGAUGGUUGAUUAUGCCACCAAGAAAUUUUAUGAGUAUGCAGAGAAACACCUGUUCCCAGAAUUGUCCUGUGAACGAGUAAAUCAACCGCAGGUCGAGGCAUUAAUUGUAUUCGAUGGUGCAUGGUCUACAGAGUAUACAAGGGAUUUCUUGGCAGUUCUGAUACAAGACUUGGACGUAUCAAUGUACGGAUCGAAAAUCGGCAUAAUGCAUGGCACGUCAGGAGAGUGGCUGUUGAACGUUACAAACAGUCCAUCGCUUGCGUUCGAAGCGCUGAAUAAUUUUACAAACGCUAACUGGCCCACGCAGUUGAACUAUACUCGUGUUCUAGAGGUAAUUUCCGAUCACUUGAAUAAAACUUGGGAAAAUAAUCAAAGAAAGUGUACAAUUGGACAUUUUGGUCAAGUGGUCGUGCUAUUGAUUCCUCUGGGCUACAUGUCCAACAACGAUAAACAGUCUGUAAUAACCAUGUUACAACAAAUCAAAUACAACCAUCCAGAUGUUCAUUUCGUGUAUUAUACAUCCCGGUACAAUACCAAUUUGUUUAAGUCGUUUAUUUUGUCGCCUGAAGAUCAUUUAAUAAGGAAUUCCAACAUCGAUGCUAUUACUAGGCAUCUGUCGACGAUACCACGAACAAUAAGACCUGCAACGUGUCUGGAUUCGAACAAUUUAAGGAAUAUCACUCCUUGGUUCGAAGAUUAUAUAAGCCCUUCGAAUUCUAUUGCAUAUAAAUUGAACGCACACUGGAAACGAAAGAUCAAACAUGUACCAAUUUCAAUACACACUUUUGGUUACGGUACAAUGAGUGUGUGCUCGUGGAUAGAAUUCAAGCCCACUGAAAAAGAAAAUUUACACUGUAUAGAUUUAGCUGGUCACAAAGAUGUUACUUUAUUUGAUGAUUUUAAAUGUACUGAUAAUCCUCCUUGCCCUACCCUAUAUUUUCGUGUACAAAAUGUAACAUCAUCGUUCAAAUGUGCAGAAAUAGAAUGCCGAACACCGGAUCAAGUGAGAUUUAUCGUGAGGAUAAAAAAUGUCAAAAAUUCUGCCAAUAGUAAUGAAAUGUCGAGUCUUAUUAAGCUUCUUCCCUUUAUUUAUAUAUUAUAUGUCUACGUAAACUUCAGCAUGAUUCAGACUCUGUUCAACGUAUCAUAA